GCUUAUGUUCAUCCUGAAUAUUUCAAGAGAAAUCCCAAAACUUGUGCUCCCGUCUUUAUAUCUGCAACUCAUGAAAACAGUGCCAUAGGACAGAUGACUCUAUAUCAAGAUACUGAUGGGAAUACCUGGGUCCAAGGGGCCUACCAAUCUGGAUUCCAUGAUGAAAAAGAUUGGAGCUAUGUGUGGACUAUAAAAAAUGCUUGUGGAGAUGUGAUCUACAACAUUUCAGAUACCAUUGAAAUAAAAUAUUUUAAGGGUACUGCAUGCGAUGCAGCUCCUGGUGGACCAGUUUGGAGAAAAAGGAACGGUAAAAGUGGCGACGAUUGUAGAGAACAUAUUGGUGAAUGGGGAGUCAAAAACUGGAUUACUAAAAUUACAGAUUUGACAUGGAGCUGUGACGGCAAAGGAAUCAAACACCAAACUUGUAGCGGCAAAGACAUUUAUAAAGACAUGGUCCCUAAAUAUUUACUUUAUGGACAUGACGCUAAACAUGAUAAACGUAACCCUGGAAAUCCUGCUCCAAUUAAUAUUAAUGACGAAGUAUUACCAAGAAGACUUUCGGAUAUAGUAAAAAAACGUCAGGGUGGCACGUCAACAUUUCCUGCUCCAAUUAAUGUUAACAACGACGGAAACGUUAUUAACCCUCCGGCCAAUAAUCCACCGGCGGCCAAUCCCAAUCCACCGGCCAAUAAUCCACCGGCAAAUAAUCCACCGGCAAAUAAUCCACCGGCUAAUAAUCCACCGGCCAAUAAUCCACCAGCCAAUAAUCCACCGGCGAAUCCAACAGAUGCUCCGGCAGCGACAGAUACUACAGCUCCAGGCACAACCCUUACAACGACCAUUACAACAACUGUUACAUCAACCGUUCCGUUACCACCACCUGCAACUUCGACCUAA